CUUAAAAUUGAUCUUCGCGGCUUCACACGUUUUCCUUUCAUUUUUAACCCAUCUUCUCCGCUCUAAUGACUGUGUUCUCUAUAAAGACCCCCCAGUAACGCUUACCUUUCUUCCUGCAUUUAUGAACAUAUCACACUGAGAAAUUUGCUUUCUGGGUUUUUAUACUAAAACCAACACUCCAACUCUCUACUUAACGUCUUCAUAUCGUCAAAAAUGGCUGACCCCAUAAGAGCAAUCUCUAACUCCGAGACUGACUCCAGUUUUAACUCUUCCUAUUCCUCCUCUUCUCCACCUCCCUCUUCUCCGUCUUCAUUCGGAUUAUCCCCAAACCCAGUGAAUAAACCCGAUCCGGAAGAGAAUCCUAGGAGGCCUAAGAGGGCUAGGGACAAUAGCAAACAUUCGGUGUACAGAGGAGUCCGAAUGCGGACGUGGGGCAAGUGGGUAUCGGAGAUCCGGGAGCCCAGGAAGAAGAAUCGGAUCUGGCUCGGCACUUUCUCCACACCGGAAAUGGCGGCACGUGCCCACGACGUGGCUGCUUUGAGCAUUAAAGGAAACUCAGCGAUCCUCAACUUCCCGGAACUGGCUGGCUCGCUGCCUCGACCUACUUCCAACUCCCCAAGAGACGUCCAAGCCGCCGCAGCUAAAGCCGCUUCAAUGGACUUCAGCAUUAGCAACAGUAACGACGACGACAACCACCCUCACCGCGACCACUGCAACAACUGCACUAGUAACAAUAAUGCAUCAUCAUCAUCAUCAUCGUCAACAACGCUGACGCAAUUUUCAUCCUCAACGGCAGAGGUGACGUCAUCACCCUGUUACGUGGCAACACCUGACGAGCUGAGCGAGAUAGUAGAGUUACCGAGUCUGGGGUCGAGUUUGGAAGAAUCGCUCGAGUUGAGGGACGAGUUCGUGUUCGGCGACCCGUGGCUAUAUAAUCUACCGUGUUACGAGGAUUAUAGUGGAGACAACGGGUAUUUUAGUGAUCACCAGUUACCAGUAAUGCCAGAAAGCGUGAUUACCAGUAGUUUUGAGGUUCUUUUGUGGGAUAAUUAGUGUGUUUAAUUACUCCUUUUUUUUUCUUUUUGUUAUAUAUAUUUUUGGGAUUUUGUUAUUGUGAGAAGCCCUUUUUCAAAUUUUUCUUAUUGAAGGGCUGAAAAUACCUUUCUUGCUUGUCAAGUUCUUGUUUUCUUGUGGUUUUAUGCUCUUUUGCUUUCUUUCUUUUGGGUAUUAAACAACUUUCUCUGGGCAUAUCUUAAUUGUCAAAAACCUUUCUCUUUAGGCUAAAAACAUGUUUGGACUUGUUUAGAAUCAUAGAAUUGUAUUAAACCCUGAAACUAAAACCCCAUUAAAGCCAGCUACUUCCUUUGUUUGAUCCUUUGCUUUUCUAAAACUAAAGAAAUUCAUUCUGGUUAAA